AUGAACGAGGACCCAGUUGUUUACAAGAACAUAUUAGAUGAGCCAUUACAUGGCUUGUAUAUCCCAACGGCAUUGUUUCUGGUCGGUACUGCCAUCAUGACUGCGCUUUCUGGUGAAUGGAGGAUCCUGCUGGCCUUGCCAGUGUUGGGUCUCCUAAUUGGUGCUAGAUUCUUUGCUGCUUUCAAGAGAAGACGCUCUCUAUACCCAGACAAGUGGACUUCCUUGGAGCUCGAAGACCAGACAUUGAUCUCUAGAAACACCGCGAUUUACAGAUUCAAGUUGAAGACCCCAUUAGAAACGAUCGACAUCCCAAGUGGACACCAUGUACAAGUCAGAGUGUUCAUUGAUGGUAAAGAAGAAGUCAGAAACUACAACCCAAUCAGCACGAGAUUCGAAAAGGGCCACAUUGAUUUGCUAGUGAAAUCAUACAAGGAUGGUAAAGUCUCUAAAUAUUUUGCCUCUAUGAAACCUGGUGAAACUGUUGACUUCCGUGGCCCUGUUGGCUCUUUGGUGUACAAGCCAAACACUUACAAGAACAUCGGUAUGGUAUGCGGUGGAUCAGGUAUCACGCCUGCUUUGCAGAUGCUAAACGAUAUUAUAACGGUUCCAGAAGAUCUGACUAAGCUAUCGCUAAUAUACUGCAAUGAAACUGAAAAGGACAUUUUGCUGAAAGAAGAAUUGGAUGAGAUGGCUGAAAAGUACCCCCACUUCAACGUUCACUACAUUGUCUCUCAACCAACCGGCCAAUGGGAAGGUGAAGUCGGUCAUAUUUCUAAAGAAACAAUGGUAAAACAUUUACCACACCCGGCCGAUGACAGCAGACUGCUGAUUUGUGGUCCUGAAGGAUUCACUCAGAAGGUUUUUGACCAAGCUAAGGAAAUAGGCUGGAAGAUGGACUACACGAAGACUAAAGGUGAUGAACAAGUUUUUGUGUUCUAA